AUAGUGAAUGCAGGGUCCUGGGGAGACCAGAAAUAGUGAAUGCAGGGUCCGGGGAGACCAUUGUUAGUUAAUGCAGGGACCGGGAAGACCAGUUAUAGUGAAAUGCAGGAUCGGGGAGAGCAGAUAUAGUGAAUGCAGGGUGUGUGGAGUGCACAUAUAGUGAAUGUAGGGUCCAGUGAGAGUGGAUAUAGUGAAUGCAGGGGUCCUGGGAGAGCGGAUAUAGUGAAUGCAGGGUCCAGGAAGAGCGAAUAUAGUGAAUGCAGGGGUCUGGGGAGAGCGGAUAUAGUGAAUGCAGGGUCCGGGGAGACCGGAUAUAGUGAAUGCAGGGUCCGGGGA